AAACCUAGCACAGAGUCUGAACGGUGCAGAUGUUCAAACACACACAAGGAAGGACACGGCGAGGGUCUGUGUGGCUCACGCCUGUUGAUUUAGCCAAAAUCACAGGCAGGAAAGCGGACAGGAAAGUUGCGAUAUCAAACCGAGGACGAUUCUGUGUGAUUUAGCUGUUUCUGUGUCAGGAGUGCUCGGCAUCUGACGCUCUGGACAUGCGUGGGGCUGGAGCAGGAGGGCUUGUCUAAAGUUUGAACAGCAGAGCCGAAGGUAGCCUACUGUUGACAGUGAUAAGACAGAGGUGGCUAUGAUGGCUUCCCCUCUGUUCCUACUGAUAGCCUGUCUACUCUCGUUGCGUGUCGGAGGGGCUUUCUUUUCGGGACCCCUGCACCCAGAGAUGUCCAACGGCACCUUUCAUCAUUAUUUCGUGCCUGAUGGCAAUUACGAAGAAAACGACGAUCCCGAGAAAUGUCAGAUGCUGUUCAAAAUGACCGACAAUCGCAAAUGCACUCUGGACGAGGACCAGGACUCGGUGAUCCGGGACGAUUUUAUCAUCAUCAAGCGGCACAUCGAGGACGCGGCGCGGGUGCUGGAGGGCAUCGGCAAGAGCAUCUCCUUCGACCUGGACGGAGAGGACAGCUAUGGGAAAUACCUGAGACGGGAGACGACCCAGAUCACCGAGGCGUUUUCUAACUCCGAGAAGUCUCUUCUGGAGCUGGAGGUGAAAUUCAAACAGAGCCAGGAAAACGAGCUGAAAGAGGAGCACAAGAUCAACGACGACUUCCUCGACAUGAUCGUGCACACGCGCGACGUCUUGAAGGAGACUCUGGACAUCUCGCUGGGACUGAAGGACAAGCACGAGCUGCUGUCGCUCAUCAUCCGGAGUCACGGGACCAGGUUGAGCCGUCUGAAGAACGAGUACAUGAAGGUGUAGAGGACUGCUGUCUGCCUUCAGGAGCCUACUCAGGCAAAUCUCAGUCUGACUCUAUGGCAAGGCAUUUUAACAUUAAUUCCUUCAAAUUAAGUGGGCUAGUAAUUUACUUGUACUUGUUUUUAGUAAAUAGCCAAUUUUCCCAAUAAAACUGUACCAAUCGUCUU